AGCGCGCCCUCUCCGCUCGUGCGCGCGCUCGCAAUCUCCGCCACCCACCAGCUCAGGCACCAGCAGCAGCGCCGCCGCCGCCGCCGCCGCCCACCUUCUGCCGCCGCCACCGCAGCCACUUUCUCCUCUGCCUCCCUCUACUGUCCUCGCCCUCUCGACUAUCAGGUGGGCCUUGAACCAGGAUGGCUGAGCCCCGCCAGGAGUUCGACGUGAUGGAAGAUCAUGCUCAGGGGGACUACACCCUGCAAGACCACGAGGGUGACAUGGAGCCCGGCCUGAAAGAGUCUCCCCUGCAGACCCCGGCCGAUGAUGGAUCUGAGGAACCAGGCUCUGAAACCUCUGAUGCUAAGAGCACUCCGACGGCGGAAGACGCGACAGCACCCUUAGUGGAUGAGGGAGCCCCCGGCGAGCAGGCGGCCUCUCAGGCCCCCACGGAGAUCCCAGAAGGAACCACAGCUGAAGAAGCAGGCAUUGGCGACACGUCCAACCUGGAAGACCAAGCUGCUGGACACGUGACCCAAGCGUCUGCAGAGACCCGGGUCCCAGAGCCCGACGGGCCCUGCGAGGGGCCCCCAGGAGAAGGGCGCGACGGGUCCCCCGAGUUCACAUUCCACGUGGAAAUCACAGCCAACCUGCAGAAGGAGCAGGGACCCCCCUCGGAGGUGGAUUUGGAAGGGACUGCACUUCCCGGGGCCCCUGAAGAGGAGCAAGAGCCCCGGAGCCCCUCUGAGGGCGAGGACACAAAAAAGACUGAUCUUCCAGAAACUUCUGGAAAGCAGCCUGCAGCUGGUCUGCCAGGGAAGCCCGUCAGCCGGGUGCCUCAACUCAAAGCUCGCAUGGUCAGUAAAGGCAAAGAUGGGACUGGACCCGAUGACAAAAAAGCCAAGCCAUCCACACCUUCUUCCGCUAAAACCCUGAAAAAUAGGCCUUGCCUUAGCCCCAAACGCCCCACUCCUGGUAGCUCAGACCCUUUGAUCAAACCCUCCAGCCCUGCCGUGUGCCCAGAGCCAUCUUCCUCUCCUAAACACGUCUCUUCUGUCACACCCCGAACUGGCAGUUCUGGAGCAAAGGAGAUGAAAGUCAAGGGGGCGGAUGGUAAGCCUGGAACGAAGAUCGCCACACCCCGGGGAGCGGCCCCUCCGGGCCAGAAAGGCCAGGCCAACGCCACCCGGAUUCCAGCAAAAACCACUCCCACCCCGAAGACCUCGCCAGGCACUGCGACCGUGCAAGUGCAGAAAAAACCACCCCCUGCAGGGGCAAAAUCUGAGAGAGGUGAAUCUGGGAAAUCCGGGGACCGCAGCGGCUACAGCAGCCCCGGCUCCCCAGGCACUCCGGGCAGCCGCUCCCGCACCCCCUCCCUGCCGACCCCGCCCACGCGGGAGCCCAAGAAGGUGGCGGUGGUCCGCACUCCCCCCAAGUCGCCGUCUGCAGCCAAGAGCCGCCUGCAGGCCGCCCCCGGGCCCAUGCCAGACCUGAAGAACGUCAAGUCCAAAAUCGGCUCCACGGAAAACCUGAAGCACCAGCCAGGAGGCGGCAAGGUGCAGAUAAUUAAUAAGAAGCUGGAUCUUAGCAACGUCCAGUCCAAGUGUGGCUCAAAGGAUAAUAUCAAACACGUGCCAGGAGGCGGCAGUGUGCAAAUAGUCUACAAACCAGUGGAUCUGAGUAAGGUGACCUCCAAGUGUGGCUCAUUAGGCAACAUCCAUCAUAAGCCAGGAGGUGGCCAAGUGGAAGUAAAAUCUGAAAAGCUGGACUUCAAGGAUAGAGUCCAGUCGAAGAUUGGGUCCCUGGAUAACAUCACACACGUCCCUGGCGGAGGGAAUAAAAAGAUCGAAACCCACAAGCUGACCUUCCGCGAGAACGCCAAAGCCAAGACCGACCACGGGGCGGAGAUCGUGUACAAGUCACCCGUGGUGUCGGGGGACACGUCCCCCCGGCACCUCAGCAACGUGUCCUCCACCGGCAGCAUCGACAUGGUGGACUCGCCGCAGCUCGCCACCCUCGCUGACGAGGUGUCCGCCUCCCUGGCCAAGCAGGGUUUGUGAUCAGGCCCCGGGGCGGUCAAUAAUCGUGGAGAGAAGAGAGUGGGAGAGUGUGGGAAAAAAAAGAAUAAUGCUCUGGCCCUUCGCCCUCUGCCCUCCCCCAGCUGCUCCUCACAGAUCGGUUCAUCGGUUAAUCACUAACCUGCUUGUCGCUCAGCUCUGGCUCGGGGCUUCCAAAUCAGUGACCGGAACAGAGCCAAGUUCAGCUUUCCAAAUUGAUGGGUGGGCCAGUCCUAAUAAAGUAUUUUUAAAAACACUCCAAAAGAGGGUCCCACCCAGAAUUUCCUUGGGCAGUUAAUUUGAUUCUUUUUUUUUCCCCUCUGAGUGGAAGAGGGAGAAGGGAGGCUCUGCAAGCUGCUUCCGGGGGCUCUCCAGGCCUGGGGGGGUGCCCCAUUCUGGGGGUGUCCUCGAGGCAGCAGUGGCAACAAGGGGCUUGAAACUUGGCACUUUGGUGGAGCCACAGGCGCACGGGGCGCCUUUGGCGCAGGACGGGGUGGGCGGGGCGGGGCAGGGGGCGGGGCGGGAAGCGGAAGGGGCCUGUGGGGGCGGGGCCUGUGGGGGCGGGGACGCUGGGGCCUGCCUGGAGGGCCGCGGGCAGGGCACAGCCUCCGCCGCCCGCCGCAGUCUCGGACCACGCGGCGUCCGGUUCUUGGGGCUCGGGGUCGGCGGAGGCCUACCCUCUGCGGGGAGAAGGGACGGGGCAGAAGGAAGGUGAUGGGAAGGACGUCGUGUGGGUCACCUCCUUGGAAAAGACCACCGAGCGCUGGCCUCUUCCUCGCUUCUCGCAGGGUGGGUGGGGGCUCCUGAGCUGGGGGGCUUCCCUCCGCCCCCUGGAACCCCCCGUUUUAUUGAGUUCUGAAGGUGGGAACUGCAGCCGCGUUUUUGGCCACCUCACAGAUCUGGAACUUAGGGCUAACCAGUUCUCUUUGUAAGGACUUGUGCCUCUUGGGAGCACCUGCCUGUUUCCAAGCCUGGGCCUCCGGUCCUAAACCUCUCCUCCUUCCCACGGCCAUGCAGCCCUGCGUCUGCCCCCACCACGCCUGUGUGUCUGCCGUGCGGAGCCUGGUCACUGCCUGUCCCCUCACUACGUCACGCUGUCCCGAGUUCCCCGCCUCGCCACCCACCCCUUCUCGGUAAUGGACAUUGUUCUGAUGGGGCGACACCUGCUUUAUACCAAGGGGGAAGUCAAGGAGGGCGAGGUCCGGACACCGGGAACCUCCAUCUCUCUGAGUUAUAGACAUCCAGCUGUGUCCCUCACAAUGGCCCCCACGACCUUACUCAGUUCCCUGCCCCCACCACCAUCACAGUCGUAAGCCAGGGUGGGGUUCGCAGUGACCCUGGAUGUCCAUGCCUUGUCUGGGCCCGGUCGCCGUCCAGUGCCGAGCUGGCAGCAGGCUGGCCGUCCCGGAUGCCUGCCAUGGCCCUGGGGCAGGCGGGCAAGGCCCCCAGGGCAGGACCACGCCCCCGUUGUCCCCCACUUCUGCCCCAGCUUGUGACUGCCAGCCUCUUGGAGCCCAGCCGCUGCUCGACCCUAAGUCUGUGUCAUCAGCCCUCCACACCCCGUAAAGGGAAACGUGCCCCCUCGGAACUGGUUCUUCCCCGCCGUGUCCCAGCGGGAAGCAGGGUGGUCUGUCCUGGAGCAGCUGAACAUAUACAUAGAUGUCGCCCUCCCCUCCCCGCCACACCCUGUCGCCUUGUAGUCUGAUUUGUCUGUUUAUGCUUGGAUUCACCAGAGUGACUAUGAUAGUGAAAAGAAAAAAAAAAAAAAAAGGGACGCAUGUAUCUUGAAAUGCUUGUAAAGAGGUUUCUAACCCGCCCUCGUGGGAGUCCUAGGUGUCUCUCACCCCACAGCGGGGACUCAGAUCCAGAAGGCCCAUGUGGCUCUCCCAGUUGAUGAAAGAUUUCCGUCAGCAUCGGGGACCCAACAGAGACCAGCUCCUGACACUGGGGAACCCUCGGCUGUGAACACCUGAAGCCCAGGAGAGGACAGCAGCUCCAGUCCCCCCUCCCUGACCCGUGGCUCCCUUCUGUCAGGCAGAGGGCACGUGUCUUGCGGUGAAGAUGGCCCCAGAGAAGCCCCAUAGCAGCCCCGAGAGAGGGUUGGACAGUUCCCCGCAUCACGAGUGCCUACUGGGGCAAGGUCUGCAGCCCACCCCUCAGCUCCAAGCUCUCCCUCAGGAAGGAUGGUCCAGCCGCCCACACAGGGCCCCUACGGUCACAGCAGGGCCUGGGAUGAACGACCAGCCCCAGGGGCCCCCAGCUUUCUGAUGCGGUGACAAGUCAGAAGACACUUGCUGACCCUCUCCUGCCAUGGGGACAAGGGAAGCAGCCUUUGUCAAAAUCUGCUGUUUAAAGGAAAUCUCAGCCUCGGUCCAGGCCUGCCACUUGUGGUGUGGGAACAGUCAAAGGCAAGCCUGUGGGGCUGGGAGGGUCGGAGUCCAGGGCCGGCUGCUCCAUUUGCAAUCAGAGCAUUCCAUGCUAGGCAUCACAUGGGCCCCAGCGUCCCCCGCCCUCCUUGAGGCUCUCCUCAGUCCUCUGAGUCCCAGCUGGUCUUGGAAGGGUUCUGGAGGAGGAAACAUGGUGUAAAGAUGUGAGAGAUGUGGCCCCUCCUUACUGCCACCGAUUUUGGCCGCAUUCCUUGCACCCCUCCUUGCAGUCUCGUGUCUGGCUUUCCAAGUACUUCCUUCCCAGAGGGCUCUGGAAUCGCCUGUGUUGGGAUCAGCCUGAAGAUCGUGGUUUAGGUGAUCAGGUCAGUUGCUGGCAGGGAGUCUGCGAAGGGAUGCUGGCUUGUAACCUUAAAUGAGGACAAUCCCCCCAGAGCCGGCACACCCCUACCCCCGUUUCCUCCGGAGUCGGUGUCCCUCUUCCACCUGGUCCCCUCAAGCUCUCCACUCACUUUACCAAUAAUUCCAUUUAAAUUGACUUCAGUGGUGAGACCGUAUCCUGUUUGCGAUUGCUUGUUGUGUUUGAGGGGGGAGGGGGGAGGAACCUGUAAGAUAGUUAAACCACUGGGCAAAGGGGUGCAGUAGUCCAAAGCCUAGUAACCCUUUUCUUCGUGAUUUCAACCACGGGUGCCAGAAGUCCCUUGGGAUUUCACCUUUCCACUGACAGGUGCCGCAGGCUGCCAGCUAGUUCUGCUUCCCGGGGUUGGGGUUUGUGGAGGAAUCGAGAUAUGGUUGCUCUGUCCUGCUGCCCUUUUGCAGGGUCCCAAGCCCACAAUCCUGCCUCCCAAAGCCGCUUUGAGGCAUCCUUUCCUCAAAAUUAUUGGCAUCUCCGUGUCACCUUUCCCACCAGCUCCAGACACACAGUCUGUACUUCUAAGAGUUGCUAAGAUCUCGUCACCCUUUGAUCUCUGUCCUCCGAGGACAGCAGAGAGAGGCAGGGAUGAGGGCAGAGGUGGAGGUCAUCGGCUUGUCCUCUCUACAGAAGUGUGGCUUCAAGAGAUUUCUGGUUUCAGUUUUGAAAAGGGUUUACCCUGGGCACCGACACUGUCUCACCUCCUACUGGACUGAGCCCCAUGAAUUUGCAGUGUGGGGCAGGACAAUUUCUGGCACUUCCAAGUCCCAUGAUUUGUUUGUUAAUUUUGAGGGUGGGGGGAGGGACAUGAAACCAUCUUAGCUUAGCUUCCUGUCUGUGAAUGUCCAUAUCGUGUAUUGUGUGUUUUAACAAAUGAUUUACACUGACUGUUGCUGUAAAAGUGAAUUUGGAAAAUAAAGUUAUUACUCUGAUUAAA